UAAAUGGCCAAGUUUGACGGUGGCUUUAUCACUCUCAUCAGAAGUUCCUCAGUGCCUUGAGCCCUCCAGGCUAACAACAGUGUCCUUGUCCAAAUUGACAGUCAUAUAACCAUUGCGUGCUCUGGCGGCAAACACCGGUUCAUACGCAUUGUUGCAAUUAUUUGCUCUGACUUGCGCACUAGGACUACUACUCCGGUCAACUGCACUUCCAGCUUCGAUUCGGCCCGGAUAAUGAUUUCGUAGACCACGGGCGCGUGUCGGGAAGCGUUCUGCCCUCUGCGUGUACCUGAGCUGGAUGCUGCCGGGCCCUGGCCCAGCUAACAUUACCAAAGCGUUGAGUAAACUGGACACUGAGUAGGUCGCAGCUGCUGCGCGUCAAACUCGUGAUGGGGGCACUCUUUUGUCAAAUUUGGGUGUACCAAGGCGCGUAACACGGACACGAUUUUGACUACAAAGGAUGCCUCAAUGCGGCAUCGACAUGCUGUGUCUAGACGGCGCUCGGCACCGUGCGUGCGGGCAGGGCGUCCGCACAGUACCCUCGCUUCGGCAAGCGCUACUCCUCGCGGCGCUCUUGCUCCUGUCAGCUAUCAACAGCACUAGCGCCUCGGGCACCGAUGCCACCUGGUCCAUAGCGGCCUGGGCUGAUCUGCAGCCGGUUGGCUCGGAGGCAGAGCUCGUGGCUGCUGUGCGGAACGCCAGCUGCGUGGGGGCACGCCUCACCGACAACAUCCGGCUGACUGCGGGCGGGUGGCCGGCUGCACCCAUAGUCAGGGCCUCCAACUUUACAGUAGAUGGCGCCAACCAGAGCUACAUACUGGACAUGAGCUUCAUAGAGAGCAAAAUAACGAUUGCGCCAGGCGUCGCGUUCAUGUUUAACCAGAUUGAGAUCCGCAACACGCGGCAGCGCAGCGGCUUCGAGGCCGACAUCUUCAGCGCCUCGCCCGGCAGCUGGCUGGUGUACGACCACGUCAUCUACCACUGCUUCGCCUGCCUGCCGCUGUCUCUGCUGUACGGCAUCAUGCAGACACUGCCGCCAGCCGGCCUGCCGCAGAACAUCACCAUGCUACUGCCGCCGCCCGGCGUCAACAGCAGUAGCAACAGCACCGUCACGGGGGGCACGCCCGCGGCCAGCCUGGACUCCUGGCGGCACACCUGGUGCCGGCAGCGGCCGGCGGCGCUGGCGCAGUGCUACAGCGGCGCCCAGGUGCUGGACAUCCACACGGGCAGCCUGGAGCUGGCGGUGUCGGGGCUGUCGGGUGUGGCCAGCGGCGGCGGCUAUGCGCUGCUGGCGGAGGACGUGCAGUUCGUCUGCGAGGACCCCUCCACUGAGGAGUGCGGCAACAGCCAGGGCUAUGAUUACUGCGUGCGCACCAAGAUCCAGGACAUAUACAGCAGGGACGUCACCUGGGCGAAGCUGGCGGCAGCGGCGGCCGAGCAGAACGCCAGCUCCAGGGGUGGGGACGACAGCGGCGGCGGCAGCAGCACCGGGGCGGUGGUGGGCGCCGCGGUCGGAGCUGCCGUGGGUGGUUGCCUGCUGCUGGCAGCCGUUGGGGCUCUGGUGGUGAUUCUGCGCCGCCGCCGGCAGCAGAGGCACCAGCAGCAGCCAGACGCGAAGGCGCCUGGCGAUGCCGCAGCCGUCACCGCCAGGGGAGCCAACGGCCACGCACCAGCUGCCACCGGCACUGCUGGUGGCGGCGGUGGUGAUGAUGUUGAUGGUGCUGCUGCGAAUGGAGUUGGCAGGGACGGGGCUGUGGGGGAUGGAGGGGGCAGUGGGGCUCUGCAGCAGGUGGUGGUGCUCAACGGGGCCGGUGGCGCCGACAACGGCGGUGCCCUGUCAUCUGGCUCGGGUGCGCCGGCAACAGCUGCGGCAGCAGGGCUUGCCGCGGGGGCUGUGGCGGCGGCGGCUGCACCCGGCGGCAGCAGCGGCCUCGUCGACGGCAACAGCACCAGCCUGGGCCUGACUGCCUCAGGCACCAACACCAGCAGCACGGCGGGUGGGGCGCUGGUGACCGCGCCGGCUGCAUCCAACGGCACACGCGCCGACAGAGUGCUGGCCGCGCCGCAGACAGCAGCAGGCGCGGACCCAAGCAGCGCCCUGCUGCCCAUGCCACCCCUCCCGGCCGCAGCGCCUGCCGUUACAAUGGGCACAAAGGGGGCGGGCCUGCCGCGAAGUGGCAGCAGCAACGCAAACGGCCGGGGGGCUGGCGGCGGCUCUGGCGAGGGCACCGGCGGGGCUGUGUCUGCGUCACUGCAGCUGCAGCAACAGGGCGCAGCAGCGGCGGCGACUGGGACAGGGUCUGUGGUAGUGGCAGGAAUCAGCAUUGACCUGAACACCACUCUGGGCACGGGCUCCUUCGGCAAGGUGUUCCACGGCAGCUGGCAGGGCCGGCCCGCCGCCGUCAAGGUGCUGCAGUACGGCACCGACCUGCAGCGGGCCGUGCACAACGAGGUGCUGCUGAGCCAGACCCUCAGCCACCCCAACCUGGUGGGCAGCCUCUACUUCGCGCAGGUGCUGCCCGGGGGCCGCCUGGGACUCACCGCCACCGCCUCCGCCUCCGCCGCCACCGCCGCCACGUCGCACUGCGCGCCGCCGUCGCUGAUGGCCUCGCCCGCCUCAGCCGCUGUGUCCGCUGGCACAGGCACGCCGCCGGCCAACGGCCGCGGCGGCGCAGGUGCUAGUGCGGGUGCUGCCGGCGGCGGGGGCGCGAGGAGCAGUGGUAGCGGAGGCGUGCCUGCGGCUGUGGCUGCGUCUGCGUCUGCUGCUGCUGCUGCGGCGGCGGCUGCGGCUGCGGCGGGUCGGUCUGCCAACUUGAAUGUGGUGCGCAUCAGCAGCGGGCCCAGCUCCGCGGUGGCGCACGGCUCCAGCGGCAAGCGGCUGCUGCAGCACAGGAACAGCAACCAGUCCCAGCUGCAGCUACAGCCGCAGGAGAGGGCGCAGCAGCAGCAGCAGCAGCUGCAGCAGCAAGCGGGUGGCGGGGCCGGGCGUAGGGGCGGCGGCGCCGCUGGCGCGCCGCAGCUGGCGCGCCGCUCUGAGCCGCCCUCAGUGCACGCCUCAGCCCGGCUGGAUGCGCAGACGGCGGCGGCGGCAGCCGAGGCGGCGGCAGCGGUGGUAGAGGCUGCAGUCGGCGGGCUGCUGGGUGCGGAAGCGCCGCCGCUGGCGCGCACCAGCGCGCCCACUCCCGGCGGCGGCCGCGGGCCUGGCGGGCAGCAGUCGGCACCAGGGCUGGACCAGCUGGGCUGGGCAGACCUGGAUCAGGAGGAGGAGGAGGGGCAGGAGGCUGGGGGACAGGGGCAGAGCGGUGGGUACGAGCACAGCUCGGGCGGUGCCAGCGGGACGCAGGACGUGCUGUCGCGCUGGGCAGAGCAGCGGCGGCGGCAGGAGGCGAUGGAGGAGCAGGGCGGCGGCGGCGCGGCGCUGCUGGUGGCGGCGGGCGGGACCGAAGUCACGCCCAAUGGCUACGUCGUGGCGCCCAUGUCGGCGGUGCCGGAACAAGCCGCAGCGGCGGCGGCAGGCGGCAUGGCAGGCGUGGCGGCCGCCGCCGAUCGCCUGGCCAGUGGAGAAGCCGGCAAUGUGGCGCCCGGCGCGCCCGCGUCAGCAGCCCUGCCGGCGUUUCCCUCGGAUGCCACCACAGCUGUGGGCGGCGGCGACACGGCCACAGCCGCCUACGCCGACAUGCCGCCGCCGCCGCUCAUGUCGACUGACCCCGGCGGCGGCACCUCCCAGGCGGUCGCGGCACAGCCGCCACGGCCGCCUGCGCCUAAGCCGGGAGCCACGGGCGCGGCGCGAACCGGUGCUACUGCCACAAACGCUGUGGCAGCUGGUGGCGGCGGUGCUACAGCCCUGCCGCUGGAGGCUCUGUGGCUGGCGGCUCACACGCAGCCGGCGGCGGGCAGCAGCCACGGCUUCCUGGUGAUGGAGCUGUGCGAGGGCGGCAGCGCGUUCGCCUGGCGGGCGGGGCACUGGCGCCUGCCGGAGGACCGCCCAGACCUGGCCGUGCUGCUGCGGCUGGCGCUGGAUGUGGCGUACGGAAUGGCCUACGUCCACUCACUGGGCGUGUGUCACGGCGACCUCAAGCUGUCCAAUGUGCUGCUGGCGAGGCAGCAGCACCCGCAGCACCUCUCGACAUCCGUGAGCGGCUUGGCGAGUGGUACGGGCAGCAACGGCAACAGCGGCGCGGGCGGCAGCAGGGCCGGGCGGAUGGGUCCCAGGGGCAACGGCAACAGCGGGGCGAGUGCGGCGGCGGCGGCUGCGGCGCUGGAGGAGGCGCCGAACGACCGACUGGCGGGCUGGACUGCCAAGAUUUGCGACUUUGGCCUGGCUCGGGUGCUCACUGGCGAGCGCACGCACGUGUCCACCCGCCCCUACGGCACACCCACACACAUGGCGCCAGAGCUGUGGACCAAGGGCCAUGUCUCACAGCCUGCCGACGUGUAUGCGUACGGCAUCCUGCUGUGGGAGCUGGCCACUGGCGAGCGGCCGUACAAGGGCCUCAACGCCGCGCGCAUCCUGCACCGCGUGCUGCUUAGCGGCGGGCGGCCCGCGCUGCCGCUGUGGCUGCCGCCCUCCUACACACGGCUGGCGUCACAGUGCUGGGCGCAGUCGCCCAAGGAGCGGCCCACGUUCCCCGACAUCGUGCGACACCUGGAGGCGAUGCUGGCGGUGCUAGCUGCCGUCACGCCGCAGGCGUAACGCGGAGGGGCGGCAGUGGCGUGAGCCGGGCGACUGUUGAGGGGGCGCAGGCGGCAUUCAUGCGUACCUCACUGACUGCAUGCCUUGGAGUCAAGUGUGGCACGUGUGACGUGAAGUGCCACAGCACGGCCAGCGGCGGCAACUGGCGCAACAAGGCGGAGCUCCCAUUCAGUCGGAUCUCAUUCGGAUCCCGGUGGGCCCGGUGGUGGUGGCAUUGGUGGUGGGGGCGCAGCCCCGCUUCUUGAUAGCCACGUUUCUUGUUGGCGCUGCCAAACCCAAGGCACACAAUGGUGACCCUCUCCCAUUGCACUUUUUAUCGCACUGCUACACGUGCUGACUGCUUAGCCGCUCGCGUACAUGGGCAUUAGGCUGGAAGCAGCAUACGUCGGGACUUGCUGCUUGCAAGCUUUGCGACAUGACUUGUGACAGGUGUGAACGCCUCACGGUUGGUGUGGGCUUUCUAUGCCAGAGCACUGAUGGUGGGUGGCGGGCGCGCAAGUGCCGCAUGCUGCAUGCACUGACAGCAGCAGCAGCAGCACUGGGGGUGCCGGGACACGGCGGCCGCCACCCGCCGCAGAGUGCACGGCUGAUGUGGGGUCUCGUACGAUGCUAGGUGCGCGUUUCGUAUGCAAUUGAUGGGAUUCGGUGAACUUGUUUCUUCCACAGCACGCAACUCUGCUUCUGUCAUGCCUUGUGCACUGUUGGGUGAAUGGUUGGCUACGGAGAUGCGCUGCCACGUGGUAACGUGCGUUUCUAUGCACUUAGCAAGCGUGUUAUGAUGGGUGUGGCUGGGUACACUACUGGACCGUCCAACACAGUGCUGAGAGAAUGCCGUAUGAUGUGCAUGUACCAUGGAACACAUGCCUGGAAUCGUCCGCCCCGGUGGUGGGGGUUUGCGCCUAAGGCGCGGCAUGCAAGGGAUGAGGUAAAGACUUUGCACGGCUUGUGCACAUACGGUACAUUGCACGACAUUGUUUGGUUGCGUGCGUGCGUGCGGUGCCAGGCAGGAGCGCACGCCUCCGGGGGACAUGUACAGCGCCCGGCCUCCGCCGCACGUGUGGCAGUGGCGGCUUUGGAGGGGAUAUCACGCGCGAACAUAAGGCUUUAUAAGGGCGGGCGCAAGCAGGGCUCUGUGAUAGGGGCGCACAAUGGCCCUGGGUCUUUCUGGAGCGUUAUUGCACUCAAGCAACCUGACAGCCAAAAAGUUGGAGUCUGUGGUCUGCGCAUUUCUGCGCUAAGUUCUCCGUGACCACAAGCGCACCAAUGAGGGUGGGCACAUUGACGGAAGUGGGAAAGGGUUGGCGCUCACUUGCUAGGCGUACUUCCGAUGAGUUUGAGUAUUGGGUGUGGCGAAAAACCUCCGCCGGAUGUCGGGGGUCAGGGGCUCCUGAGAAUGCAUUUCGGGGUCGGGGACACCCGCCGCUGGUGUUGUGGUUAGUCCUAGCAACGCUGGUUGUACGGUAUAUCCUCCAGCAUUACGGUGGCAAGGCGGGCGGGAGAUGGGGAGGCAAGCGUGGGAGGCGAGGGGGCCAGAUGGCUAACCGCACGGCUGAGGGACCUAGUGGGCAGCGCUGGUGAGAUCCACGUGAUGUUAGAUAUCGUACACAUGCACGCAGACAUGUACGGCAGGCGCCCACAAUUGUGUCGUGUGAAAUGUGUGGAAUGGGGACAGAGGUUUGCGGCACUGCAGCAGGGCCGUGUCAACACAACAAUUUGACUACAAUGUCAUGCCGGGCUGGCCGUACGCACUGCUGCGCACAUCCAGCACCUUUCCCUUCUCCCGCCGCUGGUUAGGCCAAGGUUCUAGGCACUGGAUCAUUCCAAGGGUCCACACCGUCCUAA